GAUAAGGCUGUUGCCAUGGUGCUGAAGGAGAUUCCAAGUAAAGCAUCUUCUGAAGGAAACCCCCUCCUCACCGUGACAACCAAGCUGGUGAGUCAGCAGCAAGAAAGUCGCCCCCUUCUGAGCCCCUCCAUCGAUGACUUCCUGUCUGAAAGCAGUCGUGAUGCCACUGCCCGCCCAGUGACCUCCAACACAGCAGUUUUGUCCACAGCUCUGGAUUUGGUGGAUCUCAGUGAACCGAAUGGGAAGAGGAAAAGCAAGGAGAAAAAGAGUCCCCUGAUGUUGCGAGGGGAGAGCCCGAAGUGCAAGAACAAAUCAGAGGAGACAGAUCGGAUCCAGGCGGACAUCAAGCAUGCAACCCCCAACUUGCCGAACCUCCAGAUGUCAGUGGACUCAGUUAACAGCCCUCCCCCCUUGGAGAAAUGGGAAGAAGUGAAUCUUCACCCUGAGAGAAGUGGCAGCAAGAAGUGGAAGUGGGAGAGAAAGUGUUCCUCAAAACAUUCCUCUAGUGAAUUCCUCUGCUUCCUCUACCCCAUGCCUAGCUUCCUGUGCCGUGUGCAGUGUGCCGUGUGCCGUGUGCCGUGUGCAGUGUGCAGUAGUCACAUGACAAAGGACCGAAGGUGGCGGUGCCCCUUCCUGUCCCGAAAUCACUCAUUGGAGGAGGAGUUUGAGCGAGCUAAGGCGGCAGUUGAGUCUGAUACUGAAUUUUGGGAUAAAAUGCAAGCUGAGUGGGAGGAGCUUGCGAGAAGGAACUGGCUAGAUGAAGAUGAGGACGAAGGCCAGAAUCCUCCCAACAUCUCACCACAUGAGAAGGGGUACUACUUUCACACAGAAAAUCCAUAUAAAGACUGGCCCAAUGCCUUCGAGGAGGGGCAACAGAAGUCCAGAGAGGGAGAUCUACUAAAUGCUGUCCUGCUGUUGGAGGCUGCUGUCCUGCAGGACCCACAAGAUUCUGAGGCUUGGUUAGUGCUGGGGACCACACAAGCGGAGAAUGAAAAUGAGCAGGGAGCCAUUGUGUCUCUCCAGAGGUGUCUGGAGCUUAAUCCAAACAACCUGCAGGCUCUAAUGGCUCUGGCGGUGAGCCUGACCAAUAUAGGCCUGCGGCAGAGUGCUUGUGAAGCCCUGCAUGCCUGGAUACAGCAUAACCCCUGUUACAAGUACUUACUCAAGGCCAACAAGCAUAUGGGCAGUUCACCCACAAACCAGCAAAGGAUGCCCCAUACCUCUGCCCAGGGAAGCUCCCUUUUGGUGGAGGUGAAGGAACUUUUCCUAGAGGCAGUCCAGCAGGACCCAGACGUCAUUGAUCCGGACCUGCAAACGGGCCUGGGUGUGCUCUUCAACCUUAGCUCCGAGUUCAACAAAGCUGUGGAAGCAUUUAAUGCAGCUCUUUCUGUGCGACCAGAGGACUACCUGCUGUGGAACCGCCUCGGGGCGACGCUGGCGAAUGGCGACCGCAGCGAGGAGGCAGUGGAGGCUUACACCAAGGCCCUGGAGCUGCAGCCGGGCUUCAUCAGGUCCCGCUACAACCUGGGCAUCAGUUGCAUCAAUCUGGGUGCUCACAGGGAGGCAGUGAGCAACUUUCUGACAGCGCUAAACCAGCAGAGACGAAGCAGAAGUCAGCAGGUCAUGUCUGGCAACAUCUGGGCAGCCCUGAGGAUUGCGCUCUCCAUGAUCGACCGACCAGAACUCUUCCAGGCCGCCAACAUCGGAGACUUGGACCUGCUCACCAGGGCCUUCAAUGUGGACAUAUGA